AUGUUUUUCGCUGCUCCGCAUGCACUUUCUAAUUCAGUCAUCCAGCAAUUCCCCAGCGGUACCGAAUUUCUGGGUGAAUAUCCCGAUUUCAUCGGCGCUCUCUUGAUCAUCGUCCUUGGACUCAUUUUGUGUCGUGGACCCAAACUAUCCGCCAUGGUCAACACUAUCGUGACUCUGCUGAACCUGGUGGUCAUUAUUCUGGCGACCUGCGUCAUGUUCUCCAUGGCACGUCAGACCACAUCAGAUUUUGCACCCGCAGCACAUGGUGGCUUCUUCCCGUAUGGAUUCGCUGGAAUGAUCGGCGGGGCUGGGACCUGCUUCUACGCCUUCAUCGGCUUCGACGCAAUCACCGUGAGCAGUGAAGAAGCAGUCAACCCGAAAAAAUCCAUGCCCGUGGCCAUAGGGGUUUCGGUCGCGAUGGUCGCUGUACUCUUCAUGCUCGCCAGCCUCAGUCUGACGCUGUUCGUGCCAUGGUGGACCGUCGACCGACAAGCAGCCUUUACCGCCGCCUUCCACAUGCGUGGUAUUGAGUGGGCCACAUACGUGACGGGCGUAGGAUCCUUGUUGGGUUUGAGCGCCAGUCUCUUCACAAGUAUGUAUGCCAUGCCACGUAUUGGGUACGCAAUGGCCGCGGAUGGACUACUCCCGAAAUGGCUUGGUUACGUGUUACCGUCUACACAGGUGGGCUUACAGUGCUUUUUAGUUGAGUUGAACUGUGGCCGUCAUCAUGCCUAUCUGCUGGACAAGCUAUUGUCGAAUGUGGGUUGGAAAACGGUGGUUAACCAUUAUUCUUAG